GCGGACUGUCUCCAUCUGUCUCCGUCUGUCCUCGGUGUUUUUGUCUCCGUCUGAGCUGAACCUGAGCGGGUUCAUGCCGGGCCUCGGUGCCUGUCUGCUGGCUCUCUUGGUUCCGCUCUGCGCGGCGCUCCGGACCGGGUUUGACGAUCAGCCUCAGGUGAUCGGUUCACCUGAGGCUGUUGUGGCUGUCGUGGGCGAUGAUGUCAUCCUGCCGUGCCACGUGGAGCCCAAAUUCAACGUGCAGGGUCUGACGGUGGAGUGGUCCAAACCCGACCUGAAGCCGGACCCCCUGGACCGCCUGAGCCGGGUCGAGUACGUGCACCUUUACAGAGACCGGCAGGAGGUCCCGGACAUGAAGAUCUGGUCUUACAUCCGGAGGACGGAGCUGUUCACGGAUCAGCUGAGAGACGGAAACAUCUCGCUGAAGAUCAGGAACGUGACGCUCGCAGACGAAGGCCGAUACCGAUGUUUCAUCCCGAAGUUGAAGAGCAGAGUGAAAGCGUCCAUCAUUCGCCUCGUCGUCAAACCGAAGUCUGUUCACACGACGGACACGCCGCUGCGUGCCCGAACUCCAGAUCCGAACGAGACGGACGCUGAAGCUGGUUCGGCCAAUCAGAGCCUUUGGAUCUCGGCUGUGGUCGUCGUCGUCGUCGUCGUACUGAUCUCAGCCGUUGGAAUUAUCGGAUAUUUCCUGAAACACAAGCAUCAAAAUCAUCUGCGGUACGACACCUGUCAUCAGUUUAGGAUUUAAAUCUGCAGCACGUUCGACUGGACACGGAUCAUCUCAGGAUUUGAAGAUGACCUUUAAACGGCUGCCGAUGACCCGAUGGCUCCGCGCACGAGUAAAAGCCGACUUUUCAAAUCUUUGAUUUGGUUACAAAAAGUUCAGCCUGCAGAAAAGAACUGUCAGUCUGCAUCAGAUAUUUUAUUUAAGAGAAAGAAGCCAAACUCAGCAGCAGCAGCACUACGUUUGUUUGGACGACCUUUCAGCGGAGAGAGCGGCUCCGGUAUUCAGCCGGAUCUUAAGCGACGCGUAACGGACCAAGUCUUCUCAGUUCCACAAAUUUUAUUUAUUUUAUUUUAUUUUUUACGUUUUAUAUUUUAUUUUGAUUUUUAAAUUGUCUUGUAACUAAGCUAUUGUUUCACUGUUCUGUUCAUUAUUUUAAAAAAAUGUUUGUUUUCUGGGAUUUUGAGUAUUAAAAUAUCUCCUGCACUUAAAUUCAGUUCCUUAGUGUUACCUCAAGAUGUUUAAAAACUGAAUAAAAACCUCAAAAAACACUGAAUAAAUGUUCUGUUCAGUUUCAGGGACAUUAUACUGUACUCUAAUGUCCCUGAAGUAUUUAAAGUAUUACUACUAUGUUUUUGCACUUUUUGUAAAAUGUUUCGUGCUCUGAUGUUUCAGAGAUUUCAGUGAGAAACGGGAUAAAAUACACUAAAUAAAACGUAUUUUCACAUAA